AUGACCGCUUUCCCAGGGACCAUUCCCAGGAUGAUGCGCCCAUCACUCUCUCCAAACUAUCCCCGCAGUGGAUUCCCCAUGGAGGUGUCAACUCCGAUGGGUCAGGGUCGAGUCAACCAGCUCGGGGGAGUUUUCAUCAACGGUCGGCCUCUGCCCAACCACAUUCGCCAUAAGAUAGUAGAGAUGGCCCAUCACGGAAUCCGGCCCUGCGUGAUAUCCCGCCAGCUCAGAGUCUCUCACGGCUGCGUCUCCAAAAUCCUGUGCCGGUAUCAGGAGACUGGAUCCAUCCGGCCUGGAGCCAUCGGCGGGACUAAAUCCAAGACGACAUCUCCGGAUGUGGAGAAGCGCGUUGAGGAAUAUAAACGGGAGAAUCCUGGAAUAUUCAGUUGGGAAAUUCGGGAUAAAUUGCUCAAAGAGGGAAUCUGUGACCGGAACAACGUACCCACUGUGAGUUCAAUAAGCCGCAUCAUGAGAGGCAGAUCUGGCACUCGAGCUGACGAGGAGGAGGAAGAGGAGGAUGAAGAAGACAUUGAGAGGCGCGAGCGGGAAGAAAACGCCCACCGGGGAGCACACAGCAUCGAGGGGAUUCUAGCGGACAGAUCGAGUCCAUCAGACGAAGGCUCUGAAGUGGAAUCUGAGCCUGAUCUGCCACUGAAAAGGAAACAGCGGCGCAGUCGAACCACAUUUACAGCCGAUCAGCUGGAGGAGCUGGAAAGAGCUUUCGAGCGCACACAUUACCCUGAUAUUUACACCAGAGAAGAGCUCGCACAGAGAGCCAAACUCACAGAGGCACGAGUACAGGUGUGGUUCAGCAACAGACGAGCUCGUUGGAGGAAACAAGCGGGAGCCAAUCAGCUGAUGGCGUUUAAUCACCUGAUCCCUGGUGGUUUUUCACAUCAUGCCAUGUCGAGUCUGUCCCCGUAUCAGCUAUCAGAGAGCCCGUAUCCACCCGCUGCCCUUCCUCAAGAUUCAGGAACAGUUCACAGACCUCAGCCGCUGCCGCACUCCAGCCAUCAGAGCUCCGGAGGGGCAGGGCCAGAGGGCGGGGCUUCCUACUGCCUUUCCAGUCGCCAUGGUUACACAGGAUACUCAGAUGCCUUUGGGCCUCAUAACACUCACAAUAACAACGCUAUCAACAAUGGACUGUCAUCUCAGGUGAUGGGACUGAUAACUCCAUCAGGAGCAUCUCAUCCUACUCAAGCUGAGUUUUCUCUGGAUUCGGGCAGCUCAGUCAGCAGCUCUUGUUCUCAGCGAAUGGAGUCUCUGUCCAGUUUACCUGCGCUCUCUAACCUGUCCAAUCCGCAGUCCUACAGCUCAGCCUCUUUCUACAGCCUGGAGCACAGCGGACACUACCAGUACAGCCAGUAUGGUCAAAAUUCCUUUCAUUAUCUGAGACCUGAAAUUGCCUGAGUGUAUCGAGCAGAUGAA